AUGACUGUGAUGUUGUUGACUGCUGUCGUCCAUCUGCGGGACCACAAGGGCAGGCUUGUGCCAUGUCGAAACCUGAUGGACAACGUAUCUCAAGUAAAUUUCGUUACUGAGCCAAUGUCAAAUCGUUUAAAACUGAAACGAAAGGCAGAGAAUGUUCCAAUCACUGGGAUUGGGGCAUCAAAGGUAUUUGCCAGAGAAUUGAUCUGCGUUGAACUGCGUUCCCGUUACAAUAAUUACUCGGUGAGUGUGAAUUGUUUGAUUGUACUGAAGAUCACAGGCAUGAUUCCAUCUACGAACGUGGACACAUCUUCAUGGUCCAUCCCUACCGGCCUCCAGUUGGCGGAUGCUAGUUUUAAUACGCCUGACCACAUAGACAUGCUUGUUGGUAUGUUUCUAUUUUUCCAAUUGUUGAAAUCCGGGUUACGAUUAGAUAAAAACCUCCCAGAACUUCGUGAAACUCAUCUUGGCUGGGUCGUUGCUGGCGAUGUAGGAGAUGUGGUUCCAAACCAGACAUACGUUCACACCGCAACUAUUGAUGAGGUGCAUAAGGCAAUUCAACAAUUUUGGCACGUUGAGGAACUAGAAUAUCCUUCGUCUACUGUAACCGAGCACCAAGAAUAUUUAAAGCAACAAUAUUGUGAUUUUAUAAAAGAAUAUGAGGAGUUGGGUCAUUGUAAGGAAGUAGAAGAAGAUUGUGACCCACCUAAUCAGAGCCGCUACUAUAUGCCUCAUAAUGCCAUUUUACGUCCUACGAGUUCUACUACCAAGUUGAGGGUGGUGUUUGAUGCUUCAGCGAAGAUGUCGCCUGGUAAAGUGUCACUCAACGAGGCUCUACUAGUAGGAGGAACCGUUCAAAAUGACCUGUUCACUAUUUUGCUUUCAUUCCGAAAGCAGAAUCCAAUCAAUCAGAUCGGCUUCGAGUUCUAG